AUGCGUUUGACCACUGCGCCUGCUCCUCCGGUAUUUCCUAUCCGCAUUCAGUUCCUUACAAAGUCUGUAUAUGUAGCUAACGUGAAUACACACACUACUGGAGAGUUACUGUUGAAGAACUUCCAAGCUUGUGUAGGAGAGAGUUAUAGUCACUACAAGCUUACAUAUGAUGAUAAAGACAUCCGAUUUGCAGAUACUCUUGAAAAACUUGGAAUCAAGGAAGGAGACUUGCUCAAAACUAAAUAUGAUAGAGGCGAGAAUUCAACAGUUGCAAUUGUCCCAUCACAUGUCGAGUCAAUGCCGACUACAACAGUGUUCUCAACAGGCCCAAUUCUAAUCUAUGUGAAAUUGACAACUGGAAAAAUUAUAGAAAUGAAUGUGAGAUGGAGUGACACAAUUUACCAGCUUAAAAAAAUGAUUCAAGAUGAAGGAGUUACUCUUGAUCAAGUCGAUAUCAUAUUUGACGGCAAGCAACUACAUGACGGAUACACCUUGUCAUAUUACAAUAUUCAAAAAGAGUCCACGCUACAUUUACAACAUAAACAACCUAAACCUAGCAGAUUACCCAGCAUUCGCAUUCCAAAGAUUCCAAGAGGUUCAACAACAAUAUAUGUGAAAUUGAUGAGUGGACAAAUAUUAAACCUGGGA